AUGAGUGAACCUCUCCAUCAACAACAAGACUCAUCGGCAGUACUGUAUCAUGCCUCCAUCAGCAAGGAGUCUUUGCAAUCCAAACUAGAUGAUAGGUCCUCAUCUACGAGUUCCGAUUCAAAAAAAACAAAAAGCUCUUCCAAAUCAACUGGUUUUACAAGUAGACUGAGUGAACAGUACUCAACCACCUUGAUUUCAUUGCUUUUUAAAAAGCCAAUUCCUCAAUGGCUGUUAUGGUUGUUUCAUGUCUACAUUAUUUAUGGGAGCUUGAGCGUGCCUUUCGAGAGGGCAUGUGACGAUAAAUCCAACAUGCUUAGAAGAUUUCCCUUAACUCAAUGUUGGAGCCAAACAAACAUUGUUUAUAUGGUCAUUGCCAUUAUAUUCAUCAUGGUACAAAUUCCGCUAUCAGUCAUUGGAUUAUUCAUCUUGUUCUCAUCUGCUGGCACAUUUCCCAAACAUCCAACCAUCAUUUCCAUGGACUCGUUUUUUUUCAUUGCCUUACUUUCAGUAGUGAACCAGGUCUACCUAUUCAUCUCACAAUUCAUACCUCCUGAUGGUGUUUUAGCAAGACCAAUAUUGAAUGUUGUUCUCUCCCUUGUGCCCCUAUCAUUUUUACUUUAUGAACGUCCAUUCACUUUUACAAGAAUGAACUCUCUGUAUUCUGGGAUUUUGUUUGCGAAAUGGGGUGGAUCAGUAGCGGCAAUUGUAGCAAUAACAGUGAACAAAUCUAACUCCCUAGAUUUAGGGUUGUCUUUCUUGUUAGGAAUUGGAUUAGGUUCUGUAUUGUUGUUGUUUGGAAUUGGAUUUGGUGUUGCAGAAUUGAUACAUUUCUUCAUGAAAACAAGAGCUCGCCAUGCUCGUGCACAGUUUGAUGAAAGUCAUGGCUCAGGAAAACAUAUCUUCAAUGACAACUUGUUGAGAUUGUGUUUUAAAUCCAAUUUAUUUUCAGAUGAAAUUGAUGAAGAGAUGCUGAAAUACGCCAAUAGCAGAAAAUCGAUCAUGUCCACCAAUGCUCUCAUAGCAAGUGCAGUAUAUACUCAUCGCUUCCAUGACAAUCCUCAACUAACCUUGGCAACGUUAAAAUAUGCAUUGAGGCAUUCUAACUUUAUUCAAAAAUUAGUCAUCAGAGCCAUGAUACAGGACAUUGAGCUCUAUUAUGGACUUCAAACGACUUCAGAAGUGCGUAGCUUGUUAGAGAAGACUUCUUUACUACAGGAGAAAUUGCUUCAAAUUCGAAAGCUGUUUUGGCAGUAUUUUGUGGCAAAUGAGGAUGACUAUGACAAAAUAAGCGACCUCGUAUAUUCCAUGUAUUCGAUUGAAAAAUCAAUUGUCAUGAUAUUUUCCCAUCUUUUAGCCAACUAUCCAGAGAAUCAAAAUAUCUUGAAACGACGAAACGUGUUUAUGCAAGAGUUUUUGUUUGAGAUUUCUUCACCUCUUACGGAACAGACCACUGGACGAUCAAGCACGGACUUGUAUGACGAAGAAAAACAGAAAACUAGAAAAGCAAUACAAGAUUUAAAGUUGCAAAAAAGACGUUCCACAUCCUUGUUAUUCACUGAAAAUGUAUACCGAGAAGCCAUCAACUCUAAAGUGGACACAAAAAAGACAAGUUGUUACUUUUUAACUGCUGAGCUUGUUUCCAUUCUAUUAAUUUUGGUGGUGCUGUUACUUGGCGUUUUUACAACUUUAGAAGGAAAUCACGUGCAGUUUUUGAAACAGAGUUGCGAUUUAAUACCUGUCCCUUUUCGUUGCUAA